UACGUACAGUGGUACGCUUGCGUCGUAUAACUCGUAUUGUAGAGCGCUACGGAGCAUAAGUGAACGCCACGCACAUGAUCGCGCGACAUGGACGCGUGCCGAUUCGUCGACGCGUGCCGUGUGCGCCUCGUUGAGUUCUGGACUUGCUGGCUAUCUUUCGUACCUCGCCAAUUCGUGUCAAUGGUUUAAGAUAAAUCUCGCGUUUUGCUCGUUUCGUAAACACACAUGUAGGAUGCAGCUGACUAGCUGACGGUGUGGAGAGGUGGCAUGUUGGUACAUAUAAAGACUGUUGCCUGCGGCGCAGAACCUGCACCACUCUUACAAUGUCUUCAGCUGGCAUCGCAGACACCUCAGACCCACCCAGUGCCAUCUAUACAGGCUCAUGUCACUGCGGUAGCUUCACGUAUACCGUACAGCAAUCUCCCCCUCUCGAUCAUCCGUCAUGCGAAGUGAAAGAAUGCAACUGUAGCAUGUGCGCUCGCAACGGGUACCUGUUCAUUACCCCAGCUGAGAAGAACGUAAAGUUUACGAACGGUGAGAAGGACGAGUUUAAGAAGUAUACAUUCGGAAAACACAUCUUCGCGCAUUAUUUCUGCGGCACCUGCGGCGUGAGCUGCAUGGCACAAAGUUUGGAUCCGAAUCUGUGGGCGGAUAUUGUCGCGGUCAAUGUGAGGACGUUGCAAGAUGUAGACUUAAAGAGCCUGAAUGUUAAACUGGCUGAUGGGAAGCGUCUGUGAAGGGUACAUCGCAAUUGCAGGGCCUCGAGGAGUCGAACAAGGGGCCGAAAACAUGUGGGGCUCGAGCAAGUGCUGUCGGUAUCAUCUAUCUCGCAUAAAGAUGAGCACUUCAACGCUAUGCAACUUAUUAUGAAAAGCUGCCAAACUAGAUCGAAGAAAAUAGUAUUAUGACUCUGCAAUGUCGCCUGAUUAAUC